UAUUGCUAUCAUGGAAAUUAUGUAGAAACACAAGUUGGCACCUGCCCGAUCGAAGUUCCUCUACAUGUGACGGAUGAGGAUGUCCGAGUUUAUCCCCUUCCAUGCCACAGCAUGUUUAUUUUGUGGCAAUUUCAUGUGACCUGAAGAACCUUGCACCUCUUAUUUUUCCUGUUUGUUUGUUUAAUCCUCCGAUGAUUUCUUAAUCUAGUGGAAGUACAAGUGGCGCAGGAGAACCCAACAUAAUGAGAUAGGCCCUCAUUCAGAUUCAGUGCUGCUGAAAUAUGAGGAAUGGAGAUCACUAGCCACUUCAGCAGCAGCAGCGAUGUCUGGAGCUCAGGGGGGAUGAACUUUAAAUAGAUAAAGAGAAGCUUCUAGCAGCAUGAUGGUCCACACUUUUUCUCCACCAUUUGCUCAGCAACUUGCCUCCUCCGGCCCCAUGCAAAGUAUUAAUAUGAGUUCGAGUUGACCCACAGAAGCAGUAUAUAUCCCACCAAAGCCACUGCACCACAAGAUCCACAAGAAGCUGCCUGGCUAUACAUUAUAUUCAUUAUAUUUACUACACAGGGAUGUUUCCGGUCUUUCGUAGGGGCCUUGUAGUCUCCACGGGAUGGAAUUCAUGGAAGUAGCCGGAAGCGGCGCGAGCGUGGUGAUCGAUCCGGAGGCGGGCAUGGAGGCGCAUUCGUCGCGCGGGAAGCUGCCGUCGUCGCGGUACAAGGGCGUGGUGCCGCAGCCCAACGGGCGGUGGGGCUCGCAGAUCUACGAGAAGCACCAGCGCGUGUGGCUCGGCACCUUCAACGAGGAGGCGGAGGCGGCGCGGGCCUACGACGCCGCCGCGCAGCGGUUCCGCGGCCGAGACGCGGUGACCAACUUCCGGCCGCUGAGCGAGGCCGAGGAGGAGGACGCGGCGGAGCUCGGCUUCCUCUCCUCGCGCUCCAAGGCCGAGGUCGUCGACAUGCUCCGCAAGCACACCUACCUCGACGAGCUGAGGCAGAGCAAGCGCUCGGUGGGCGGUCGUGGCGAGAAGGAGGCGGUCGCUCGCGGGGAGAAGACGGCGGCGCCGGGCGCCUCGGGGGCGGAGAGGCGGCAGCGGCUAUUCGACAAGGCGGUGACGCCGAGCGACGUGGGGAAGUUGAACCGGUUGGUGAUACCGAAGCAGCACGCGGAGAAGUACCUGCCGCUCCCCAGGACCGGCGGCGUCGGCGGCGGCGGGAGCGAGGACGGGAAGGGCUUGCUGUUGAACUUCGAGGACGCCGCUGGUAAGAUGUGGCGCUUCCGGUAUUCAUACUGGAACAGCAGCCAGAGCUACGUGCUGACCAAAGGCUGGAGCCGUUUCGUGAAGGAGAAGGGCCUCGAGGCCGGCGACGUCGUCUCCUUCGAGCGGUCCACCGGCCCCGAAAAACAACUAUUCAUCGACGCCGUCGCCGCCUCCGGCCGCCGCCGCAGCGCGGCAAUCCCACCGUCCCAAGUCGUGAGACUUUUCGGCGUCGAGAUCGCAAGCAUUAUGCCUCCGCCGCAUGCUGGAACAGGAAAGAUGAACAAUGAGAACGCGGAGCUAAUCCCCUCGCCGCCGCCGACGCCGCCGAUUAAGAAACAGCGCGUAGAAGCUUUCUAGCAAUAUUUUGCUUAAUUAGGCUAGAAAUUUCGCUCCUUUCCCAAGCGUUUCAUUUCGAGAUCUUGUCUAUAACAAAGCAGAAACGGAAAAUUCGAGUCUCGAAGAACGAAA